UGAUGUUUUCAAAGGGUACCUUCAGUAUUGACCCGAGUGCGCUGGUGUGAGAGGACGUGCUGAUUGGUGCGUGUGAUGUAAAGGGGGCGGGACUCAAACCGGUCCCACAGGGCCGACGGGUGCUCCGUCUUUCCGGUUCCUCCACCCGCGGAUGACUCCGUGACUCCGGAGGACGCGUCCAUGGCUCCUCACAACUCGUUUUGUUACCCGGUCACUGCUUUUGAUUAAAAGUAUAUUUACAUCCAAAACCCUUUUGUUGGUGUUUUCCUCCCGUUGAACGCGCAUCAGAAGCAGCUUUUUAUUACCUGUGGGCCGGCUCUGUUCCUCUAAUCAGAAGCAGGAGCAUUUUGGGACGUCUGGGACACUUGUUACUUUGAAGAGGCGGAAGAGAACCCGGAGACCUCGGAGUGGAUCUCAGUGACAAAAUGAGCAAAACGAAGAACAAAAGCGACAACAAGACGGAGAAAGCUCUGGCUGCUGAGAAAGAGCAGUUUGGGAAGCAGCAGCUUCACAGCAUCAGUAAAACGCUGGUUUCUGGUGAAGUGCCUCCGAAAGAGAAAUAUGUGCGCAGUAUCAUCGUGGGGACGCACAAGGAGGGCGGAGCCACCACCUUCUGGUCCUACGCCCUCAACCUGCCUCUGUCCAGCAACUCCAUCAUCAGCUGGAAGUUCUGCUACCUGCUGCACAAAGUGCUCCGGGACGGACACCGAAACUCGGUCCGUGAUUCUCACCGAUACUGCAGGAACAUUAAAGACAUGGGGGUUCUCUGGGGAAACCUGCACGAUCGAUACGGGCACAUCGUCGCCCUGUCGGCCAAGUUCCUCUGCCUCAAGAUGGAAUUCCACGCGAAGCACAAGGCGGUCGCCGGCAGCCUGGAGGCCAGCGACGAGACUCUGGAGAAGGAAGCAGGAAACGACGUCACCAAACUGUUGGACCUGGUACAGGAGCUGAUGGACUACUGGGAGGGCGCGCUGAAGAUGCAGGAGACAGUUCUGCGGCAGCUGGACGCCAACGGAGCGACGUCCAGCACGCCGGCCGGCCAGUGCCGCCUGACGCCUCUGAUCCCGCUCAUCCUGGACUGCAGCUUCCUCUACCACUUCUCCGUGCUGCUGAUGUUCAAGCUGCACAGCCGCAUCGCUCCGGAUGUUCUUCUCGGACAUCGAGAGCGGUUCCGUGACUUAUUUAACAGCCUCUCUCAGUUCUUCGACCGAGCCAGAGAAACCGAGUUCUUCAAGAGCAUCAUCCAGAUCCCGGACCUCCCCGAUGCCCCUCCCAACUUCCUCCGCGCUGCGGCGUGGGCCGAGUACCGGAGGCCGGUGGUGGUGAUGCCCGGCGAGCGGCGCCACGACGAAGAGGUGGAGACGCAGCCGGAGUUCAGACAAGAGACGCAGACGCCGCAGCACCACCUGCUCCACCAGACGGGCUCAUCUGAGGCGGAGCAGAGCCUGAAGAGGGAGCUGGAGGUGCUCAGACCGGAGCUGCAGCUCAUCAAGACCGAGGCCCAGAGGUGCGUCACCGAGCUGAGGGCUCAGGUGAACCGGCUGGAGGCCGAGGUGGAGGAGCAGCGCGCCCACAAGCAGACGGCCAUGAUGGAGAAGGAGCACAUGCGGAUGGAGGUGGAGGCGCUGCGCAGCGCCAACGUGGCCAACGUCGGGGCUCAGAUCGGGUUCAAGGAGGCCGACGGCAGAGCGCAGGCGGCAGAGAUCCGCUUCACGCAACUCAAAGAGAGACACGCCGAGCUGAUCACCAGCCACGCCGACUUGAUGAAGAAGAACGCAGAGACGGUGAAGUCGCUCUCGGUGGCUAAACACGGUCAGAACGACUGGCUGAGGAACAAACAGCAGCUGGAGGAGGAGCUGGAGAACGUGAGACAAGAGAACAGGACCAUGAUGAGCCAGCAGCAGCAGGAGGUGCAGCGCCUGAGCAAAGAGCUUCUGGAGCAAAGGGCGGAGCUUCUUCACGCUCGCAGCUCUCUGGACAGCAAAGUGAUGGAGGGGUCCCAGCUGAGCGGCGUGCUGGCGGCCCUGCAGGCGGAGCGCGACGCGCUGCUGCGCUCGGCCGGCGAGAGGGAGGCGGAGCUUAGCUCGCUGAGGGGGCGGGCCCAGCAGCAGCAGGGCGCCACGGACCAGGAGCGGGACCGCCUCCUCCGAGAGCUGGAGGCCCUGAGGGCUCAGCUGCAGCAGCAGCUGAGCAUCAACGCCGAGCAGAAGGUGGAGAUCGACGGGCUGAGACGAGAGCUGGACGCCACGCGGGCGGAGUUGAACCGCCUGAGCGGCGCCCUGCAGAGCAAAGAGAUGAGCGGCACCCAGCUGAGCAGCUCUCUGGCGGGGCUGCGGGCGGAGAGGGAGGCGCUGCUGCGCGCCGCCGGCGAGCGGGAGGCGGAGCUGGCCUCCCUGCGGCAGCGAGCUCAGCUCCACCUCGGCUCCAUGGAGGAGGAGAGGCGGAGGAGCGGCGCCGAGCUGGGGAGCCUCCACGCUCAGCUGCAGCAGCAGGCCUGCCGGGAAGGAGAGCUCUCCAGGAAGCUGCAGGAGGAGCAGUUCUGCCUGCUGCAGUGCGCCGUGGUGGAGGCCGAGGGCAUCGUGCUGGACGCCGUGGCCAAGCUGGACGACCCGGUGCACGUCGGCUGCGUCAGCUCGCCCGAGUAUCUGAUGAAUCGAGCUGAAAUCACUGUGAGCGCCAUCGACAAGAUGCAUCAGAGCCACGGCGCCUACGUGGGAAACCUGAGCGACGCCAGCGGCCUGCUGAGGUCCGUCACGCAGUUCUCCCACCUCGCCGCCGACACCAUCGUCAACGGCUCGGCGACGUCUCACUCCGCCCCCACCGACCAGGCCGACCAUUUGAUUGACAGCUGUCGGGAUUGUGCCAACCGCUGCCUCCUGUACCUGAAGGACCUGAAGUUCCAGGCCACGUUGCCGGGGGCGGAUCCCUCCGCCGUGCGCGGCGCCGUGCAGCGGAUCCUCGCCUUGGGACAGGGUCUCCGUCCCAGAGGACAGGAUGUGCUGAAAGAGGAGCUGGGAGCCAUGGUGGACAAAGAGAUGGUCGCCACGGCAACUGCCAUCGAAGAGGCAGUGCUACGAAUGGACGAGAUACUAAAUCAGGCGAGGAGAGAAACUUCUGGCGUCCAGCUGGAGGUGAACCAGAGCAUCCUGGGAUCCUGUUCAGACCUGAUGAAGGCGGUACACAUGCUGGUGAUGGCGUCCACCGACCUGCAGAAAGACAUCGUGGAGGGAGGCAGGGGAGCAACCUCCGUCACCGACUUUUAUGCCAAAAACUCUCGCUGGACGGAAGGACUCAUCUCGGCCUCUAAGGCUGUGGGCUGGGGCGCCACUCAGCUGCUGGACUCGGCCGACCGGGUGGUGGGGGAAAAGGGAACGUACGAGGAGCUCAUCGCCUGCUCUCACGAGAUCGCUGCCAGCACGGCUCACCUGGUGGCCGCCUCAAAGGUGAAGGCCGACCGCGGCAACAAGAAGCUGCACACGCUGAAGGAGGCCUCGCGCCACGUCAACGACAUGGCGGCCGUGGUCGUCACUUCCACCAAACACGGGCAGCAGCAGGUGUCCGACCGAGGUGCGACGGACUUCUCCGGCAUGUCUCUGAUCAAACUAAAAACGGAGGAGAUGGAGGCUCAGGUGAAGGUGCUGCAGCUGGAGAACCAGCUGGAGCAGGAGCGGGUCCGGCUCGGGGAGCUGAGGAAGAGGCACUACGACCUCGACGCCUCCGGAGACGGAGGCACAGCCGCCGAUGACGGAGACGACAACUUCCCCCCCCCGCCGCCCCCCACCCUGCUGGACCCCGCGUCUGAACCUCUGUCCUUCUUACAGACGCGGCCCUACCUGAACACCCAGAGCUGUGCAUCCACCAAUCCCUUUGCACCAGCUCCAACAGAGCCCCCGUGCUCCACAGUGACCAACACCGUCACCCCUCACAGCUACACCCCCUCUCAAAGCUACACCCCCUCGCAAACCUACACCCCCUCUCCAAACUUAACCCCAUCUCCAAACUUAACCCCGUCUCAGACCUACACCCCCUCUCAAACCUACACGCCCUCUCCAAACUUAACCCCAACUCCAAAUUUAACCCCGUCUCAAACCUACACCCCCUCGCAAACCUACACCCCGUCUCAAACCUACACCCCCUCGCAAAUCUACACCCCCUCUCAAAGCUACACCCCCUCUCAGACCUACACCCCGUCUCAAACCUACACCCCAUCUGAAACCUACACCCCCUCUCCAAACUUAACCCCAUCCCAGACUUACCCCACAGCUCAGCCCUACAAACCUAACACAACCCAGGCUUACCUAAACCCUGAAACGCAUCCCUCCGCCCAAACCACCUCCCUCUCCCGGCCUCAGUCACCGUCUCUGCCCCGGACUGAGCCUGAAAACACUGCGGAGACCGUCAAACCUGCCUCGAGGAGAUCCAACAUCUUCACCAAAUCAGGGAACCUGCUGAAGAACGCAUUCAAACGAGGUGAAACAGGAACUGGGGAAUCUUGAAGGACGACUGAAGAAGAAUCUGACAUUUUACCAAACAAUUCAUGGAAGUAUAAAUAUAGUUUUAUGACUCAAAAUCACUCAAAUAAUCUUGUUGUAUUUCUGGCUUAAAAGAAGAAUAAAUGUGCAUAUAAAAAUAUCCAAAAUUAUUUUUGUAAUCAUACUGCUGCCUGUAUUAUGUUACAGAUUGCUGUUUGAUUUAUUAAAAAUCAUAAUUUAACCUGAGGCAGAAUCUUUCCUCUCACUUCUGAUGUGGAGGUUUUUAAAUAUUUGUCACAUUAUCCACAUAGUUUUAGUCACAAGUUAAACAAAUUUAAGGCGCUUUACUUGAACAUGUUUUGCUAUUCUACUUUUACCGUACUACAUCUCAGAGAUCUAAUAUUGUACUUUUUACUCCAGCACUUCUUUUAAACCAGGGAAAGUCUCACAGCGACCUCAUCUGUCUGUUUGUCUGUCAUGCGCAAUGCAAACUGCAAUCUCACCACUGUGAUCUCCAGUCGGGACCAAAGUGAAGCUGCUUCAAACUAGAGAGAUAUAUCCCGGAACUACAUACUUUCAGACUAAAAGUACUGUUAUGUUGACUGCAUUUCUAGAGAUGCAGAACAUGUUUUUGUUCUGCAUUAUGAUUCAAAAAGAAAAAAUAGACAUAAAAUGCUAUACAAAUAUAAGCAAUAAGGUACGAGAGGCUGUACUUUA